AUGAAAACUGUUCAUUCAAAUCCCUCGCAUACCAAUACUGUCCGGUCGUCAGUUGGAAUAAAACCAGUGCCAACCCAACAUGUCCCGAAGUCCACCGCUUCCUUAUCCUCUCGGCAAUCGUCCACACCUACAGCGACGCCACAUUACAGUCAUGAUUUUAACAGUUUACCUGGUAAUCCAGAUCCGAACGAAGUCACAAUAAUAUCUGCCACCACGAUCAAACAUACAGGCAUCAAAUCUUCUAAACCUACUGGCAUCGUUAAUCCAGAUCAAAGUGAAAUGGGAGCUGGUAAUAGAAUAGGAAUUGGGGAAGGAUUAUUUGGUUUCGGUGUUCUGUGGAGUAUUCUGGGAAGUUUCAUGAUUUCUUUGUAUUUAGCGAAUGGGUUAUGA